UGAGGACCCAGAGGCCUCAGGGUCUGCAGAACCCUCUCUGCCUGCCCUGUGGUUCCCAGACAGAGCUCAUCCUCUCUAAGGAUGGCCUGGAAACACCUGCUGCUUGUCUCCUGUUUCUCAGCUGCUGUGCUCCUCCUGUUCAUGCUGCAGGAGGGGACAGGUGCAUCCGUGGGCACCAGGCAGGUGGCUGGACAAGAGGCCCAGGAAGGUCAGUGCAGGGGCUACCCCAUGGUGCAGGGUGGGUGGGCCAGCCCCUGUGGUGGCCCUGGUGGGCCUGUGCUGGUUAUGGCUGGCCUCUUUCGGGUUUCAGGUGUGGAAGAGAAGAUAUUCAUGCAGGAAUCAGAUGCCUCGAAUUUCCUCAAGAAGCGUGGCAAGCGGUCCUCCAAAUCCCGAGACGAGGUCAAUGCGGAGGACAGACAGAAGCUGCGGGCUGAUGAGCUACGAAGAGAAUAUCAUGAGGAACAACGCAAUGAGUUUGAAAACUUUGCGGAGGAGCAAAACGAUGAACAGGAAGAGAGAAGCCGAGAGGCUAUCGAGCAAUGGCGCCAGUGGCAUUAUGAUGGCCUAUACCCACCAUACCUCUAUAACCGCCACCACAUCUGACCUCAUGUCACAAACCCAGAAGACAGAGCUUGCAGAUGCAUGUACUCACCCCAGAUGUUUCAUCCCAGGUGUUUGAGCAACUCUCUCCCACACAGACAAGUCCCUUCAAAGGGUCUCAACUUGGGGUGUGCUGUAGUAAACACGUAAGGUCUUUCUUUCCAAUGGAUUAAAAUGCCCUGGCUGUGGCUUCUUUACAGAUGAAUUCUGAGGUGAGCAAAUGCCCAUGGAGCCGCCUGGCACCAAACCUACAGUGGUUUUCCCUUGCUUAGCCAUUGUUUCCAAAGUAAGAGUCCCAUUUGGUAGAACAAUGAAAAGGAUCACAGUAAAGAGAGAAGAUUCCAUAUUUGCUUAUAGCUUAUAAAUAAAAAUCUUGAGUCAAUAAUGCAUUAUCUUCUCCAAUCUCAAACUAAAGGGUGCCAACCUACCUCCUCUGAGGUACAAUGUCUCUCACACUGACUUGGCCAUUUGAAAGCUUGAACUCAGGAGUACUGUUCACUAUUUUCUCAGUAUGUCUUAGUGAUCACAUGAAAGAACAACACUAAAAAAAUUGUUUUGGUAAAAGCAUUCUCUGAGGUGGUUACAGAGCCCAGGUGCUUCUCUAAAGAGGGUUAAGGUUCAACUGUGGUG